UCGGUGUGUUGUUGUGAAGAGGCGCUCGGUGAACUGAACAGGUACAGGAUGCUGCGUCUACGUUGCAAGGCCAAGAAUGGGACCCAUCUAAUGCAGGGGCUUACACACCAGUCCUGUGUCCAGGAGCUUAAAGACAAGAUUGAAGAGCUUACAGGGAUACCUUGUGACGUACAGAAAAUAAUGGUUGGCUAUCCACCAUCCAGUCUAGAUCUACCUAAUGGCGAAGCCCACAUUAAAGACUACCCCAUCAAAUCAGGAGACACAUUGAUUGUAGAAGAGGAGAAGAACAAACCGAAACCGAAACCUCAAACACAAACCAUGGUGACCAAAGGGCCCAGUUUUGACCCUCACCCGGUUGUAGAACGCCGUGUUGUCCCUGCAGACAACUCCUGUUUGUUUACCAGUGUGAACUAUGUUAUGGAAGGGGGUGUAUACGAUCCGGCCUGUGCCUCUGAAAUGAGAGGCCUCAUCGCACAAAUCGUAGCAAGUGACCCUACCGCAUACUCAGAGGCAGUACUGGGCAAGUCGAAUGAAGAUUAUUGCGCCUGGAUUCGUCGCGAUGACACCUGGGGGGGUGCCAUUGAGGUGUCUAUCCUCUCAAAGUUUUACCAGUGUGAGAUCUGUGUCGUUGACACCCAGACAGUGCGCGUGGAUCGAUUCGGCGAGGAUGCAGGUUACACCAAACGUGUGCUGCUUAUUUACGACGGUAUUCAUUACGAUCCACUUCAAAAGGUUUUUCCUCCACCUUCAGACGUUCCCCCCCAGACUGUGUUCUCCGGCACAGAUGAUAUCAUUCUAGCCGAGGCACUGGAGUUAGCAGAUGAGGCGCGGAGAAAGAGGCAGUUCACGGAUGUCAACCGUUUCGCACUCCGCUGCAUGGUGUGCCAAACUGGACUGGUGGGGCAGAAGGAAGCGAGGGAGCACGCCAAGGACACCGGACACACCAACUUUGGGGAGGUGUAAAACUCUCCGCUGCUUUUGAAUCACCCCUAAUUUUGCCACUCCACUGCCACCUGAAUUGCUACUCACUGUCUGUUCAGCCUUGGUACAGUCCUCUACCUCACGUUGUCUGUCGGAGACUUCAUGCGUAGAGUUCACCAUCAUUUUUUUAUUAUUUCAACUUUGGUUUACUCUUGAGGUUGAAAUGCUGCGUUGUGUUUUUGGAUCUGCUACCUCACAUGACAACGAAGCUUGGUUUCAACCGAAUUUAAUUUGCCACUGAUUGUUUAUCUGUUAGUUUUAUUGAUUACGAUAGAACUGUUAGGAUGAGUAUGUGGAUGUGAACUGCUCCUUUAAUGUUUUUCUGUUGUCCUGACGAGAUGUGUGAAGAACUGCUGGUAAAACUUUGGCUUUUUCUGUAGGACUUAAACUAUUGAAACUUUAAAUCUGUGACCGACCCAUGUAAUGAGUCAUGUACGCAGCUCUUUUCACACAUUUACAUUAGAGAUGAGUAUUAUUAAAGUUGUAGACGCUAGAGUUGUUACAUAUGUGGCAGGAAAUGCCUGUCAUGAUCUCAGAUUUAAUAAUGGCAUUGUUGUAUUUAUAUUAUUCAUGUUCUCAGUGUCAUAUUAGACACCUUGACACUACUUCAAGUUUUAACUUUAGUGGAUUAAUUUUACCUGUUACUUGAAAUAUUCAAAUUGAUCAAAUGUAAGUAUCACCUCUGUGCGUUUCUGAAUCCUGUGCGGUUUUACACAUGUUUGCGUGAGCGAGUUAGGUUUCAGAAGUGUGGAUUUUACAUUGAAGUGAAUAACAAUGGUGCUGACAGUAGAAUUUCACUGAAAUGCUGAGUAUGUAGAUUUAGUUUUUCUUUGGCGAGCCGUUGUGUCAUGCAGAUGACCACACGGGAUUGUUUUAUGCAAAUGUUUUAAUUCUGUCUUCCAAGAGUGAUUGUAGUGACUUUAAUUUUAUAUUUUAUGAGAAGAAAUGUGUCAUGUUGAACUUUUUCCAUGUUUGCUUGAAACAACACAGGUGUUGGUCAGUAUCGGACGUUAAGGAGAAAUGUUUGUGUAGCAGAGUAUUACAGGGGUAGUGUGUAGUAAACUUCAAAUAGAAGAUUUACAUUUACACUGAUUAUGUAUUUUCAUUCUGGUACUUUCCCCAUGAUUGUGUAUUGGUUUUCAGCAGGAUUCCUGAUUUACCUGAGGAAUGCCAUUGUGAGGCCAAAGGACUUGUUUUAUUUUCCUGAUGAUUUUUGCAAAUGGCCGUGAUCAGUGUUUUAAAUACAGCACAUUUAGGUUACACAUUUAAGACUUUGAGUGAGAACUGCAUGCCCAUUGCCCAGCACUCAUUGCAACCAUAUCACUGGUUAUUUUAGGUUAAUGAAAAAUAAACUUGAACUGAUUUAUA